GACGGUGGGCUCUAGGCUGUGCACUCAGGUGACUCGGGCUGCAAAGACGCGCACUGGGAUCCGGGGAGAGCGCACCAAGGUUUCCCACCCUGCGCUGGCAUUAAAUGCGUGUCACGUAUAUCUAAAAAAAAAAAAAAGAAAAAAAGAAAAAAAAAAAAGGGCAGCAAUUAUUGGAUCAUUAGAGAUUCCCAGGAAAAGCCCCAGUCCUCAGCAUUUGCCUAUUCGCCUCCCACUCUGCUUCGUAUAUUGUCUUCUUGACUCUUCAACGCGCUGAUCUGCUCACACUUGAGGACAGCAUGACAGGAGGGCUGAAGGACGGCGAGACAGAAGAGGAGUUUCUGCAUUCGCCGUUCAUAAGGAAACAAGGGAACAUAUACAAACCCAACAACAAAGACAUGGAUAACGAAAGUCUGAACGAGAAGACACUGGAGGAUGUCCACACCAAAGAAAUCGACUUGGUCAACCGGGACCCCAAGCGCAUAAACGACGAUGUAGUCAAGGUGGACUUUGAGGAUGUGAUUGCUGAGCCUGCAGGGACCUACAGCUUUGACGGCGUGUGGAAGGCCAGCUUCACCACUUUCACUGUCACCAAGUACUGGUGCUACCGGCUGCUGACGGCUCUGGUCGGCAUCCCCCUGGCGCUGAUUUGGGGUAUCUUCUUCGCCAUCCUGUCCUUCCUGCACAUCUGGGCCGUGGUGCCUUGUGUCAAGAGCUACCUGAUUGAGAUCCACUGCGUCAGCCGCGUCUACUCCAUCUUUGUGCACACCUUCUGCGACCCGCUGUUCGAGGCCAUGGGCAAGUGCCUCAGCAACGUCCGCGUCACCACCAUCAAGGAGGUGUAGCGCUGAGGAAGAGGAGGAGGAUUACCGGAAAGAGGGGAGGGAGGAUGGGAGGGCUGGAGCAACCGACACUCAGAUGGAGAGAAAAGUCAGAAUUCAAAGAAGAGGAAGAGAUCAAAAGACCUCUGGAAAGGGAGAGAUGUUUCCAGAGCCGGGCAGGGACACUUGGAGGUGAAAGGGCGUGGUCAUGCAGCACCUGGCCCCGCCUUUUUUCACCUGUUUCCCUCAAUAACUGUUUUUUCUCUCCAGUGCUGGUGUGACCAGUGGGUGGGCACAGGAUAUUAGGGGUCAUUCUCUGGGGAUUUUGGGGGUUGAUUGUGUUCUUUAGUUUUUUUUUAUUAUUAUUCUUCACUGUUAACUUUGUCAGGCAAGCCCUUCUAUCUGUUUUCUGUUGGUUGGAACUAGUUUUGACACAUGAUGUAAAUUCCUUCCAUUAUCACAAUUUCUGUGGAUAGCUCAUCACUUUGCAUUGAUUGAUAGAUUGGUUCAUGUGAAAGGGGGGUUGGGGGUCGGGGCGGGGGGUCACUGCUGUCUUUUGUAGCGCUUUGCUGGGUCUGUAUGUGUGCUUUGGACGGGACGGUUUGUUGGCGGGGGCACGAAAGCGAGCGUCGCAGUAGGGAGAGAGCGCUGCCAAAUUCCACCUGACUCAGCAAAAAACAAAGCAACCCCCGAGCCAAACCUCUCAGCAACACCCCUCCCUCUGGGCCCCCCCCUCCCUCCCGUGCCCCACCCAGCCCUCCUCCCCCUACAUAACCCAGCAUCCCACUCCCCACCCAUCCAGCUUCCCAGCAGUCUGACACACUGAACCUGCCCUCGUUUCUGCAUGCACCGGUGUCACCUUGCCAACAACUCGCCGUCCGCCCGGACCACCCGCCAUGUCCGCCGCCCUGCCAGAGACAUCUGCGUCCUGAUCUGCUCGCUCCCUGCUUCACCUUCCACUCCACCUCCACCUCAAAAACAAAAGGGCCUAAAUUUCUGCCAGGCUGAUUGCUGAGCACCAGUUUCAACAUCCUCAUCCUCAUACCUGCUUAUGCGUGUGACAGAGAAUGUUAGCCUUUGAAUUUGAAAGAUAUAUCACACAAAUCAUGUUGUUCUUUUUUUUUUUUUUUUUUUUUUAAAUCCACUGUGGAUUUUCAGGCCUUUUUCAGUGAAGCUCAAGGCUUUUAAAUGCACAUUGCCGUAGUUGUAGGUAAACACUUUCUUUUUUUUCUACACUAUGAAGAUGAAGAACUUUAAGGGGUUUAUUUUGACGCUGUUGUUUUGAUAUCUCUGCCAAUAAUAUGUACUGUAUGUAUGUUUAUGGACAAAAUGAGUCAUAGUAAGACUUCACUUUACCACAGCACUAUUCCAGUGCCUUACUCCAUGGAAAAGUAUUGUUAAUGGAUAGCACUAUGAAAGCAUCUGGUGAAACCUUCCCCUCUAUAUAAUGUUACAAAGAUGUAAAACAAUGUGAGUACAAACAAUUACCUUUGGAGACUUUGCUCUUGCAAUGUGCAGUUAUACCCUAAUGAGUUGUUGUUGUUUUUUUUUUCUUCUUUUUUUACACACUGUGGUACUUAACAGUACUUUUCCAGUGGAAAAUGCACCGGAUAAUAUGUUGGAAUACAAGCAGUGAAAGGUGAAAAGUGUUACUUGAGACACAUUGUCUGGUUGUAAUUUUGUAAGCACCCCCACCAAAUAUUUUUUUAAAGGUAUUUUUGAGAUAUUUUUGUUUUCCCCCUGCUAGUUUGGUCUGCUGCCCUGCUUCUCAACUGUGGACACAAUGCUGACAAGGACUAGCAUCAAACUGAGGCCUCCCACCCCGGAAAUGGGUGAAGGGAUGGCAGGGGCUGUUGUCGUGGGCGCGUGGGUGGGCAUGAGUGUGGGUG